CCCCACCGUCCAUUCUCCCCCCAAAACAAAACUUCUGUCCCCUCCCUUUCUGUACAGUCAUCUCCUCCUCUCCCCAAAUUCCCCCAAUUCUCAUCCAGAUCUAUCCAUUCCCAAUCUCCCACGCACCCCAUCUUCACCGGCGGCGAUGGUGGAAGCGCAGUCAUGGGCGACCCGGCGGAUGAGCAAUCCGAGGCUACUCGACCACACCUCCACCACCGCCACCACCAACUCCUCCUCUGCCGCCUCCGUCCCGGCCGACGACCAGGCCCUCGACAUCCCCGCCACUCCCCCGCGGGACGUCAGGGGAAACAAUGCCUACUACUACUCCACCUCCGCCGUCGGAUCUUACUUCUCCCCCACCUUCGUCACCGCCUCAAUCUACGCUGUUCCCGUCGCCGUCAACGGAGAGGCAGAGGGAAUGGCGAUUUAGGGAGAGGGCAGAACGAGAGAGGUGAGGGAGGAGGAGGCAAUUUGGUUGGCGGCAAGGGUUUGUCGAUUUUCAGGGAAAGGAAGAAGAGAAUCGAGAUUCGACAGAGAGUAGGGAGAGAGAUAGGUGUUAGCGGCGGGUUUCUCUGGAAAAGGAAGAAGAAGAAUCGAGAAGUGUGAGGGGUUAGGAGUGAGUGGUGCAGAA